UCACCAAGUACUUCACUCUGCAAGAAACUUUUCAGGGAGAAAUACUUAUUGGACUGCUUUAGAAAUGGAUUGUAUGUGGAAAUGGUUCGUGUUUCUUCUAUUCAUAGCUGGACUGCCAUACGUGUUUAUCUACUUAUCAACUUCAGAAUCAAUAGAAUUAUCCAGUAGAGAGCGCCGUGACAUCAGGGAUAGAAAACCAAUUCUCCCAAAGGAACAAUUACUUGAUGAAAGCAUAACUGGAAAAGAAGACAUUGACAGAAAUAAAAAAACAAACAAAGCAGCAUGGAUUCGCUCACAGCGUAGCCCAUCAAAGACAAAAGACGAAAACUAUUUUCAAUUUCUUGCAAGAAAAUUUGGUAGUAAAGUUGGAAAUAAGAAAAUGACACACAAGGAGGGACACGAUUCUUUGAAUUACACUAUAGAGUCUUCGCUGAUUAAUAGUGAUGAGAAUAUACAUCGAAAAGAAAAAAAUUAUAUCGUCUUCGAAAAGGAAAGUAAAACCAUGAAAUCUAUUGUCAAAAGACAUGAUACGAGGAAUGAUGAUAUACGUCACGGAAAUCAUGUACAAGGCAAACGAAAAUUACAGCCAUUUUCUGAAAAGACGUCCCAAAGAAAUACUCCUUAUGAAAAUCGAACAGAAGCCUGCAAAGUGUCAUUUGAUAAAGAUAGUUUACAUAACGCAAGGCAAUUUCUGUAUCAGUCAGAAAAACAAUCUGUGUAUCUAUUUUACGUUCACCUAGAGAUAGAAAAUAAAAAAGAAUUCUCAUCCGAUGAUAGAACGGUAGACAAUUUAUUAAACUGGCAAUAUGUACUUAAGGAUCAAAAAUUCCUUAUCCAACUUCCUGUUGAUUUCGAUCUGAUAACCUUCAAUUUGCUGCAUCAUACUCAAGAACAAAAAUUCAUAAACUUGAAGGCAUUCUACAACAAUAUAAACUGUACACAUGACUCGAUAGAAACAAUUGAAUCUACCAGGAUUCUUUUGUGGAAAGAAUUUUUCAAUAAUGAUACGAGGUACUAUUUGUGUAACAGACAUUAUCUUAAUGAAACGGGACGAGAGGUUCUGUACUAUAUUACAACUAUUUGGGUGGGAUAUGAUUUGACAUGUUCAGAGGCUCCAACUGAUAGAGGCACAUAUGCAUUUGACGUUGAGAAAGAUGCUUUACCGUUAGUCAUUCCAGUCGUCGCUUUCUUACUAUCUUUACAGUUUGUUUGGAUAUUUGCGUUACUAAACGAAAAUUCGAAAAACGAUGUUAACCAUGAAGAAAUUUCUUCAUUUGUUUACAAGAAGGGGGAUAGACCAUUUGGCAUCAAAAGAGUACUUAUCAAAAUUUUUUAUGGCAAAUGUACAUCUAGCGAAUGCUGUACAAUAUGUAGGCCUAUAUCAGAUAACAGCAAUACUAACAUAGAUAAAUGUAAGAGAUAUUUUUGUUGUGACCGUGAACCACGAAGAUUGGUGCUUCUAUUGUGGCUUUUCAUUCUCAUUCCUUUUGGUACCCUACGGACUUUCUUUAGGUACAACUUAAACACAGGAACAUAUGAAGAAUAUCCACAUGUGUUACGAACAAGUGAACCAUUGUUUAAUGCAAUAGAGGAUGAAAAGAAAGCACUUGCAUUUGAUAUGAUUUAUGCAAUACUUUUUCCAGGGGCAUUUAUUUGGGUAGGAACAUGUUAUUAUGAUGCGUACAUUAGCGAAAAACAAUGUGAUGGUAGCAAAGCGAAUAGCUUAAGUGAAAGAGUCGUCUCUCGAUGUUGCUUACUAUGUUCUUCAUGUGAUAAAGACAUAUCAAACAAGUUGAGAAUAUCGAGAAUACUCUGUGGUUUCAUACACGGAAUAUUAAGUUUCUUUCCGAUGUUUUAUUUGUUUUCAUCUCGAUGGGAAUGUUUACAAUAUGAAAAUGGUAAAAAAGACACUAAUGGUAAAGAAGACACUAAAUGUUACACCCUUAGGAACUAUUGUAUUAAUUUCUGUUGUUUAUUAUGUUUCAUCUUCAUUUAUUUCCUCUGUCUUCGACCUAUUCUCUCUACUUUUACAUUUUUACUGCGAUUAUGUUCUUAUUUUGUUUUUGUAUUAUUACCAAUUAGAUUAACUUUAUUUCGGUAUACUUUCAUAGUCGUUUCUGCAAUCGUUUAUCUAGUCAAAUACUUGCAUGAGAUUAUUAAUAUGAAUUCAGAGAUUUUGGAUUAUAUUUUUGAUGUCAAACAAAAUAACGAACAACAAAAUAACACAUCCGGUUCACUCGAAAACAUAGAUGAGGAAACCUUUAUGUACAUAUACAAAAACUUAAUGUUUGUAAAGAAGAAACUUUACUUUUUUGUUUUAAAAACUUUCAUUGUUUUGGCUUACCUCAUUAUCACCAUUGAAACAUUCUUAAGCAAUGAGGAUUCCUUAACUUCGGCAAGUUUUAAAGAUAUAGUGGAAAUCGUUUUAGUUUUUAUCGGUCCCUACGCUAUAUCAUUAUUUUUCAAAGGUAGUAGUAAAGACUUUCUUGCGGAUGGUAAUAAAAAAGAUAUAGACGAUGCUUACAAAAAAUACCUGGGGGGAAACCCCAAUGUACCGGAAUCUACAAGAGAUCAGCAAAGCGAUAACCAAAAUGUUAAUACGCCAACAAAUGAUUCAUCCAAUUUGGGCAUCCCGAUGGAGAGUGUACCUUUGACAUCUCAUAGGGAUAGCUUGGGUUCGAAUAUUACCGAGGCAGGGGGGUCUGGGGGGGCGCACCCCCCUCCCCCCGAAGCUAUCGACAUUUUAACAACGUAAAAGGUGUUGUUGUUUUUUACCGAGGCAGCUGCCUCGGUUGCCUCAAUGGAAGCUACGCCACUGCAUCUUGGGGAAGUACAAGUAUUUAAUCUAACGAAAGUGAACCUUUAACUAUGAAAAACACUCCAAAGACUGGCACAGUUUAACAAACAUACCAUUCAGUUGUCGUUUAAUGAUCAUUUAGUCACCUAACCUAUUUCAAUAAGCAUUCAACAAUUUCAAUGACUCCAUUGCAUAAACAAGACUAUUCAAAAGCCUGUCUGCUAAAAGUGUUACUUUUUAUUUAAAAAUGAUUGUAGAUGUUUUUACGAUAACCCUGCAAUCUUUGUAUGGUUUGAGUUUUAAUUUCUGUAAUAAUUAGCCUCCUCGUAAUUAACUGAUUAAUCAGUAACAAUUCAUACCUUAACCAUUUCUAAUUUUAGAAUUCCUUAUGCUCCAUUUUCAUCAGCGUAAUUCAUGUGCCGUAUUGUUAUAAGUUCUUCGCUAUUUUACAUGUUGCUUUCUUCAGGGGAUCCGGGUUAGAAUUGGUCCCCAGUAUCCCUUGCUUGUCGUAAGAUGCGACUCAAUGGGGCGGUCCUUCGGAUGAGACCGCAAAAACCGAGGUCCCAUGUCGCAGCAGGUGUGGCACGAUAAAGAUCCCUCCCUGCUCAAUGGCCAUAAGCGCCGAGCAUAGGCCGAAAUUUUGCAGCCCUUCACCGGCAGUGACGUCACGACUCCAUAUGAGUGAAAUAUUCGCGAGAGGGACGUAAAACAAUAUUUAAUCAAUCUUCAGACUUUUAUUUUCUUUUUUCUAACGACAAUGAAAGUCAUAAUGUAAUAUUUCAUCAAUUCAGUUUUGUACAAGCUUAUAAUACAGUUUAAAUGAUGAGCAUCUCUCUCUCUCUCUCUCUCUCUCUCUCUCUCUCUCUCCGGAUAUAAUGUGCGGAAACUAAACCAAUGCACUAAUUAUCAAAUCCCACUGCUUGGGCGCUGUGAGGAAAACAAAAUUAACGGGACAUUGUGAACAAAUGUUUAAACAAUAAUGUAAACUAUUAAAAACUAUUUUGGCUAUGUUUAAUAAAAGUUAAAGAAAAAACUUUCCACCACAAAACUAAAUAAUUAUUUUCCUGAAAGUGUAUUCUGUGUAUUGGCUUUGAUUUGCUAUGUAACAGCGUGGAAGUCAUUUGUAUGAGCAUUGGUAUCAAGGCAUCGUUCACUAGGAUUUCAUUGAAUUGUGACGAAAUGAAUGCCGAGAUAAUAUAUGACUGAAAAUUGAAAGUUACACGAAUAUAUACAGAAAGCUAGGUGGAUGAACAUUUAUAUAUAACUAGAGGAGAACAAACUCCUUAAUGAAAUAUCACUGAAACAUAAAUGAACAAUUUGAGAAAGGGACAAGGAUAGACUCUGAAAUAUCCAAUCAAUUUGAUUGAAUGGUCAUUGAAACUGGAUUAAAUGGUCACUGAAACUUGACUGAAUGGUCAAUGUUUAAAGAUCAUCAAAAUAAAAUUAUAAUACUAAUCAAAGCUGACACUGAUUUUAUGUUGUGUGUUGACCAGCUCGCUUUUGUCAUUCUGGGAAAAACUCACAAAACAUUCAUAUUUAUAUAAUUGAGAGCUUAUAUCACUCUUUCAAUGAUGAAAUCGUGCUUGUAAUAAGCCACCUUAUAAUGCUAAUAAUAAAAUUUGUAUUAAGCAAAAGUGGAUGAAUUAAUAUCUUUCAGCACUAACUCGUGUUGCCUCUGGUUUUAUUUCCUGUACAUGUGUAUAUGUAUGAAUUAUUUUACUUAAGAAAUGUUUAAUAUCUUUGUCAGUAUGUAUUGUUCUGAACAGAUCACUUUGAGCAAAUUUGAGCUCAAUUCCUACUAGCUUUGUUCAUCACAACAUAUAACUUAAACCAUAUCCAUUGCUUAUAUACUAUCUUAUAAACUUAGAGAACUUAUACUAAGUUUAAGCAACAAAAAAUCAUAGAUUAUUUUAAGUUAAUUAAGGAAUUUAGUCGCCAUGCCUUAUUGUUAUACAAUUUGAACUGAGUUUAUUCUGUCUGUCAUGAUGCUAUGUUUGUGUAUAUAUAUGUAUGUGUAAUCAUACGUGUUGUAUGCCAUGCCCCAUGAGGCUCUAAUUGGGAAAUAAAUUAUGUUCUAUUUCAUAGUCUCUGGUCCAAUACAAACUAGGAUGUGUAAUUCAGUUUUCUUACUCUAUUAUUCCUCCUAGGCACCUGAUUAUACAACUGGUAUGUCCGGGGUUUGCUGUUCUUUUUAUUUUGUAUUAUUUAUGGGAAUAUAUAAGAUUGAUUACUGUUCUUUAUCUUCAUUUUUCAUCUUAAAGCUGUUGAAUAUGCAAAAGUGUGAGAAAGGUGACAAAGAAUUUAAAUCAAGUUGCGUUUACCAUAUGUAAUUUCAAACCAGUCUUCUGAAUUCACCAAAAAUAACAUGUGAUUCAUAUUCUUUCCAGACUCAUUUUCAUUUCGAAAAAAAAAUGUUUAGAAACGUAACAUACAUUCUGACUUGUUUAUAUUACAUAGGUAGAUGGAGGGUAAAAUUGGUAUACAUUACAGUGAUUAUCAGUAGGGCAGGAUCAAUUAUGAAUAAAAGAAUCUUAAGUGAGCUCAAAAUAAUUUAAGUAUAUUGAUUGUGCAAUGUUUACGGUCGUAAGAUUGGAUCCGUCCGUGUAGAUUGUUCUUACCAAGAUAGCGCGUGGGCGGAUCCAAGAAUGCGCCUCUGUAGUUGCAAGAGUUAACUGCUCUUACAGGAUGGCGGUCUCGUGAGCGCCGCAUUUGGUCGUGGAAUCGUUUGGACCAAUGAAUUUAUUACGCAGGAAACAUCUCUUUGUUCAUUCACUUUCUUUCAGGACGUCGCAGAAUAAGCACCGAGCAGUUAUUGGAACUAUUCAAACCACCUCCAUCCCUCCACCUUUCCUCAUUGUUAUGUUGUCAUUAUGUUAAUACUGUUAUAAUGUGCGGUGUCAGACCACAAUGAGAAUGAAUUUUUUGAUCUUAUAUGUAAUGAUUACGUCAUGUAUUUUUCUAGUUAAUUGGUUUAUUAUAUUCAUAUUUGAUAUAUUUUAUUAUUUUAAUUUUGCGGUGUGAAAUCAUAUCAAAAUCAUAUUUUGAACAAUAUCGUUGCCACCAUCAUUAUUGCAUAAUCAUUUAGUUACAUGUACAUCAUAUUUAAUUGGAAAUUCAUAAUUUUUCGGUUCAUUUAUAAUUAAAGUCACGCUGCUGGCAAAGUGCAACAUA